GCAAGCUGGUCAGACAUGACUCAGUUCUUGGGUCGUCAGGACUGUAUCGAAAGUCUCCGAAAAGACGUUGUCGACCUUCAAGGAGCGAUUUUAGACGUAUUUUCUAGAACCGGACCAGUCCGCUUUUCCUCCUGGAAGUUCCCAGAUAAACUUUCAUGUAAUCUGGACAUGCUAGCUCUACUGGAGCAAUAUGACUUCGCUGAUGGGGAGGAUGCAUUUAAUCAGCACUCCCACAUUGUGUUAUUGGAGCUGGUAAUUGACAGACUGCUGCUUCUUCUACAAAGCUUCAGUGCUUAUGUUGAGCAAAUCAGGUGCAGCCACAGGAGAGAACAAACCCCGCAGAAAGGAUGCCUGUCAGUUGGUCUUGUAGUGAGAAACUACUGGAGUAAUUUAGUUCAAUUUUCCAACUUUAAGGGGACCUACAGAGACCUCAAGAAGCAGACAAAAGCAUUUGACAGUGAUGGGACUGAGUCAGUGUCAUCAGCCUCCUCCCAAAGCAGACAUCACUUAUCUGCCUGGUCUUCAACAAACUCAUUAGAGUUUUUGCCACAGAAUAACACCCCAUGCUAUCCUAAAGUUGACUGCCACAAUGUAAGCUGCCAGACUUAUGAAUCAUCCCUUGUUCCCUGCAAUGCAUGCCACCAAGUACAAUCCACUUUGAUAAAAACAGGACAUGCUCUGGUGGAAUUGCUUCAGAGUGAGAGCCUGCCCUCAUCUCUGCAACCACUCUUAGCUGCUGUGGAAGACACCCUGGAGCUGGGCCAUAUGACAGCAGCGGAUGUCACCCAGUGGGCGAACGAGCAGCUCAGAGACAUGCGCCGGCUGGCAAAACAUCUACAAGAUGUGCGGGGCACCGUGCAGCCUCUUAAAGACAGAUUGGCUGCAGCAGAAACAGAUCGUGAGAGAUUCAGGUCUCGCCUGGAAAGAACACAAAAAGAAUUUAAGCAAGAGAUGGAAAAACACCAAGCGAACAUAGUCCAGCUGGAGUUUUCACUGAGUAAAGCACAGAGAUCCAUGAAAGAAACAGAGCACAGGCUACAGGAGGAGCAACAACAAUUCAAAAGAGAAACAUUGUGCUUGGAGGAGAGUAAUUCCAGACUGAAAGAGAAAGUAGCACAACAGCAAAAUGCCCUACAAGCACUUGAACAUGAAAAGAAUGUGCUGCAGGAGAAAGUGAGGACCUUGCACAUGGAGGAAGAGGCCCGUUGUAAACUACAACAAAGGAUCCAGCAGUUAGAGAGUCAAAUCUCUGAAACUCAACUCUGUCUUGACAAAGAGACAGUCAAAUACGACAGCGCUUGUCGUCAGCAAGAGUCAAUGCAGGCUAAGCAGAAGUCUUUGCUAACGAGAGUGGACGCUCUCGACGAAGAGUGUGAAGAGCUGCAGAGACGAUUAGGGGAGAGGGAAGAGAGGCAGCUCGACCUUCACAGUCAGCUGCAACAGAUGUCAGAGGAGAAGGAACAAAUGCAAGCUCAGCUGACUCAGCAGCAGGGCCUCUGUUUAGAGCUCCAAAAGGAGAAGCAGACACUGGAAACACAUGUAGGCAAGCUGAAGAAAAGCGUGGCCGACCUGAAGGAACACGGGCAAGCUUUAAGGGAGAGGGAGAGGCUGUUGGUGGCUUUCCCGGAGCUCAGCCCUUUGGCUCAUGCCCAACCACAAAGUAGGCAAUUAUAUAAUAUUUGUCUGUAAGAUAUAACGGUCUUGCGUGAAUCAACCACUGACUGACAUCGCCUAAUUGUAUGUACAUAA